CUCAGUCGAAAUAAACUAUUCGCAGUGGCCUUAAUUUCGACCGCAAAAAAUUGCGAUCAAAUAAACGACGCCAUCUUUCUCUCUCCCUAUCCUCUCUAGACAUCGCCCUCCCCUCCUCGAACAAUAGAAGCUCAUCUCCUGUUUGUCCAAGCUCUCUUUCUCUCUCCUCUCAAUCCCAAUCCCAGCAUUGGCUCAUUUCUUUUCUUCUCCAAAUCCAGUUUCAUGGCAUUGCCGACGCUCUCCUUUCUCUUCUUCCACAAAUCCAGUUGUUCUCCUACCACUUCUUCCCUGAAUCCAAUUUCAAUCGCCGCCGACGCUUUUCUUUAUUUUCUUCUCCAAAUCCAAUCGCCAAAGCUCUCCUUCCUCUUCCCAAAUCCAAUUUCAUCACCGCCGACGUCCUCCUUCCUCUUCUUCUCUAAAGCAUAGCGACUGCCGGCCUGCCUCCACCAUCCUAGGGUUUGCGGGAGAAGGUUUGCUGAUGAGGGAAUUGGAAUGAAGUUCGGUGAUGAGGGAAUUGACGAAGGAUUUUUUCAGAAAGCCACUGUAAAAGAAUUUUACGCCUAUAGUGGAAAACAUCCUUCGACACGCUGGCUUCGGUUGACACGUUGGUGGGAAGGGCUCAAUUGAGGCAAGAGCCAUUGUUAGUGCUCUCAGUGUGAAAUCCAAAUUAUAAUCCAAAGAAAAAAAUGGUAUACAAUAUUGUUCGGCUCAAACCAAAGAGCAUGGAAGACGAAAGCAAGCAAAAAGAACAAGGAACACCGCCGCCACCGGAAUUGCCGUCGUCUCCUGUGGUCUAUCAACCGGAACUAAAAAGCCAUUGGGCAUCUUUUAUUGGGUCCUGUAUGCCUCAUCAAACAACAACGGGAAAUAAAAAAUCGUAGCUCUAGAUCCGGUGGAAGUAAGCCGCGGUGCCGGGCAGACUGGACAGAAUCUGAAAUCACUCUGGACGUGAAGUACCCAACACCAACACUACUGUUGUCCGAUUUUCUUCUGUCCUGUUCGAGAAAAUGCCGUCUCUCCAAACAGUAAUGCCUCCAGAGCUUGCCAAUAAUACCUUAAGGCUAUAUCGUGAGUGCCUACGAAGAGCUAAAUUUAUUGGUCAAAAGAAGUACAAUACGGAAAUUCUUGUUACCAUGGUUAGAGAUGAAUUCAAAAAACACAUGCACGAGACAGAUCCUGAGAAGAUUCAAAAGUUGCAAGACGAUGCUGCAAGGGGACUGAUCAAUCAUAUGAUAUAUGAAUCGGAGAGCAUGACUGGACGAAAAUUCAGUAAAGGCGCGGCCUGAUUCUGGUCAUCCUCAACUGUACUUGGUUGAUGCGGGCACAGCAUGAAAAGGGAAAUUGAUAUGGCAGCAUUGACAGUCAAGUUUUUGAACAUUUGGAUCCUUGCAGAACAAAUGUGUACUUGAGAUUUGAUGUUAUCGGAUGUGAUUGAUUAUCCAACCAAAAUGAGUAAUUAGUGAUGCAUGAUUGGAUUAUUAUGCAAAUUGGUAAUAGCACUUUAUGCAUCUUCGAUCAGAUUUUUAAUAAGUGAGUCCAGUAGUCCUUAACGAGCUAGGGAUAGUGAGAUUGAAUUAUUGAGUCAUCAUCCUCAUUCUGGGUUUCCAUUGCCCAUUGGAGCCGAGGCACUGAUGGCUACUAGAAACGAGGCCCAGACCUGCUGGAUUCUCUUCUUGUCCAAAUUCGAUUCACUCAAGUUGCCAAAUGCUUAUUUUGUGUUCUCUCUUUACCCCA